UUCAUCCCCAAACCCCCCACGCCAUGCCGGACAAUGCGUCGGCCGUCGCCGAUCGAGGCAACAAGCCCCACGUGGCGGUCCUAGCGAACUCGGGCGUCGGGCAUGUCGUCCCCCUCCUCGAGUUCUCGAAACGCCUUGUGGUCGGCCACGGCUUCCGCGUCACCUUCCUCGUCGUCACCACCGUCGACCCGACCCCAGCUCAAGACCAGCUGCUAAAUGCGGCGGGCCUCCCGCGCGACCUGCGCGUGCUCGGCCUCCCGGCCGUCGACGCCGCCUCCGUCGUCCCGGAAGACUCCCGCCUCCUCACCCGCAUAUGCCUCAUCGUCGAAGCGAGCCUCAAGAGCCUCAGAGCCACGCUCAUCGAGCUGAGCUACCCGAGGGCGCUAGUCGUGGACCUUUUCUGCACUCAAGCGUUGGACGUGGCCGGCGAGCUAGGCAUCCCCGCCUACUCGUUCUGCACGAUGUCGGCAAAGAUGCUCGCGUUCUCGUUGUACCUGCCGACGCUGGAUCGAGAGGUGACGGGUGAACUGGUGGACCUGCCGGGGCCGAUCCGGGUCCCUGGAUGCCCGCCGAUCCGACCGGAUGACCUGCUGGACCAGGUGAAGGACCGAGAAAACGAGGAGUACCGGUGGUUCCUGUACCACGUCAGCCGGUUCCCAAUGGCGGCCGGGAUCUUCCUGAACACAUGGGAGGGCCUUGAGUCGGGUUUGCUCCGGGUGCUGAGGGAGGAGUCCUUUUAUAGGCAGGUGCCGGCCCAGCAGAUCCACGCGAUCGGGCCUCUCGUGCAUGAGGACGGCGAUGCGGAGGGGCUGCGCUCUACAGACAUCGAGUGCUUCGCGUGGCUGGACAGGCAACCGGAAGAGUCGGUCGUGUUGGUAUCGCUUGGGAGCGGCGGGACGCUGACGACGGAGCAGCAGGUGGAAAUGGCCUGGGGUCUGGAGCUGAGCCAGCAGAGGUUCUUGUGGAUCGUCCGGAAGCCCACGGAUGCCUCCGCCUCGGCUGCGUUUUUCAAUGUUGGGAGGGACGAGGAAAACGAUCCGACCAAGUAUCUACCGCAAGGUUUCCAGGAGAAGACUCGAGAGGUAGGCAUGGUGGUGUCCUCUUGGGCUGCCCAGGUGGCCAUACUGAGCCACCCCUCCAUCGGAGCAUUCCUAUCGCACUGCGGCUGGAACUCAUCCGUCGAGAGCUUGGCCAAAGGUGUGCCGAUAAUAGCUUGGCCGCUCUACGCGGAGCAGAGGACGAACGCAGCGAUGCUGGUAGAAGACAUCGGGGUGGCCAUUAGGCCGUCGGUCGAGGAGGGGAGGAAGGUGGUGGGGAGGAAGGAGAUCGAGAGGGUGGUGAGGGCCGUGGUGAGCGGUGAAGAAGGGAAGAGAAUGAGACGUAGGGCUCGAGAGAUUAGAGAUAGCUCGAUCGAGAGCUUGAACCAGGGAGCGGGUCGUCUCAUGCAUCGCUCGCUGUCGUGUGUGAAGAUUGGAAGACGAAGUCCAGGGGAUGCGAGGAAGAGCUCAGUGCGGAUCCUGCUUCGUAGGUCGCGAUUGUGUUCUUUCAUGAGGAUAUACAGCCAGAAAUGGAGCUCAUAACUUUGGAUGUCAAGCCUUCAGCGAUAAAAUCGUUCGUUCGUGUGUUUGGGCUCUUAAAUAAUGAAAAAGCUUAUUUUCUCUUUUUCUCUUUAAAUUUCUGUUCAACAUUAGAGAUUCCAGAAUAGUAAGGUAGCACCUUAUCUUGAUAGUAUGCUUUACAUUCGGCUUCAUGAGGAUCUUGUACAUCAAAAAGUUAGACCAGAAAUCUUUAUAUUUGGAAUAAGGAUUUAGCUUGAUGCAAGGAGUUGGUCCCUACAAGGUAAGGCCUAUCUACACGCCCUCUUCAGCUCCUCCAGCUUCUUUCCCCACUUCUAUUUUAGCCGUGAAUCAGAGAAGACAGCAAGCGCAAGCAGCAAAGACCGUCUCUCUCUCCGUUGCGGCUACUUGCGUCACCAUCGUUGACCUCGUCUUUGUUCCGCCAAGCCGCCACCGCAAAUCACGGGGACCGAGGCAAGUGGAUAUCCUCCGUUCUAUCCUAUAUUGAUCGUUUGUCAUGUGACGAGAAUAGUUUUGUAGAAACCAAGAACGUUGUUGAGAUUUUCAUUUAAUUGAAGUUUUGACUACGUUGUUCGUUUA